AUGAUUCCAUCUCAAUUAGCCAUAGUAAGAAUAAGGAAGAAGAGACAAAUUGAAUUACUACUACUUCUCAUGGUUGUUAACAAUAUCGUCACACUCAUGUACUUGGUGAUGUGUAUGAUGGGUGUAAUUGUUUAUGAAAUUGAACGACCACGCUAUAGCAAAAGUGAGAAGAAACACCUUAGACAAAAUCAUUUGGAUGCACUAAUCAAGGAUAGUGAUAUAGUAUGCAAAAGUGAACUUCGUGUGAAUAGAAAAACCUUUUAUGUCCUUUGUGAGAUGGUCAGAGAUGUCGGUGGUUUAAAUGGCACUCGAAAUAUGUCUUUGGAGGAAAUUGUAGCUAUGUUCUUGUACACUUUGGCACAUCAUUUGAAAAAUAGGACAAUUAGAAGUUAUUUCUUUCGAAGUGGAGAAAGUGUUAGUAGAAACUUCCACCGAUGUCUUCUUGCCGUGUUAAAACUACAUACUCACUUGCUAAAAAAGCCAACACCUAUAACAGAAGAUUGUGAAGUGGAUAGAUGGAAAUGUUUUAAGAAUUAUUUAGGAGCCUUAGAUGGCACUCAUAUUAGUGUUCAUGUGCCAAGUGAGGAUAGAGCAAGAUAUCGGACAAGGAAAGGUUCUAUUGCUAAUGUGUUAGGUGUAUGUAACCCUAAUUUGGAGUUCAUAUAUGUUCAACCUGGUUGGGAAGGAUCCGCUCAUGAUGGUCGUGUCCUUCGAGAUGCUAUUACUAGGCCUAAUGGUUUAAAAGUGCCACAAGGUUCCUACUAUUUGGUAGAUGCAGGAUACACGAAUUGUGAAGGGUUUUUAGCACCAUAUAGAGGUCAUCGAUAUCACCUUAAAGAGUGGGGGGACCGACAACCAAUUAGUGCGGAAGAGUACUUCAACAUGAAACAUUCUAAGGCAAGGAAUGUUAUUGAGAGAUGUUUUGGACUAUUAAAAGGAAGGUGGGGUAUUCUUAGGACCCCAUCCUUCUUUCCAAUACGUACUCAUGGGCGUAUAGUUCAAGCAUGUGUACUAUUACACAAUCUUAUUCGAAAACAUAUGCCAACAGAUUACACAAUGUAUUGGGAUUUCGAUAGUGAAGAGGGUGAAAGUGAUGAUGAGGGCCUAGAUGAUGAAGUUGAGUUGAUUACUCAAAUAGCUACUACGGAUGCUUGGACAACUUGUCGGAAUAACUUAGCACAAAAUAUGUUUAAUAAUUGGAGACUUAGGCAUAGUAGCCAAACAUAAAUGUUUGUUUAGUUUAUUUGGACUUAUGUUUGGGUGUUCCUUUUUAUGAUGUAAUCGAAUUUUAUGGUGUUGAGAUAUUUUU